AUGACACAGAAGUCUAAUUACAUUCUUCUCGCCUGUGCAUUACUCCAGAAACAAGAUGAAGUUAUGUCUGCCAAAGGAAAUCAUACCAUUGCAGUUGUCAAUGGUAGUGAAAAGUAUGAAACUUUACAGGCAUCUUUCAAGACUACAUUUUCAGAAAUAAAUUCUCUGAUUGACAAAGGCACCAUUAUCGUUGGUGGUCAAGAAGUCAAGCUGGAGUUUUUCCUUGGAAGGGACUAUAAAUUUUUACUAACAGUCAUGGGACUUAAGGGAGCUACAUCUUUAUAUGCCUGCCUAUGGUGUAAGAUCCAUAAAGACAAAAGGUGGGAAACAGACAAGCAUUUCCAUCACUUUAAUUCCCCACCCAUGAUGAGAACACUAUUGGAAAUUAAGGAGCUAGUGAAGAAGGGAAAAGGUGAUUACUGCUGUGUAAAGGUACCACUUUACAUAGACCUUGACCAUGUUAUUGUAGAUGAGUUACACCUGCUGCUACAUGUAAUGGAUGUAAUGCUAGACAACAUUAUCACUGAGGUCAUUGACUGGGAUAAAGAUGAGGAUUUGGAAAAAAUUUCCAAAGAGCCUUGA